UCAGAAAUGGCAUAGCAAAUCGCGUCGGAUAGUGAUGUAAACUUCCGGUCCACAUGGUGAGGUGGAGACAUAUUCUGUUUUCUCAAGAUAAUCUCAAAUCAACCUGGUUUCAGAUCAUGACACGCUUUGCAAGAGCCGGUAAUGCUAACAAGAAAAUCCCACAUGAUGGCACACAGUGGAAGGACAUGUUUGGUAGUGGUAGUGAAUCCAAAAAGAACUCAGACAGUGCACCAAAAGAAGGAGAUAAACGUGACAAAAAAUUCAAAAAGGAUAAAAUGAACAAAACACAAGGAAAUAAACAUGAUAAAAAAACCAAGAAAUUCAAGAAGGAUAAAAUGAAUAAAAAAGUGAAAGGCAUUGAAAGAAAUAAAAAUAAGGUUGAUGAGCCAAAGCCAUGGCAACUUGACAGUACGUCUGGUGAUAAGACAAAGGAACGAGCCAUGAGAAAUCAGUUCUUCAGGGAUCAGAGAAGGGAACAAAGGCGAGUGCAGAGGAAGGAUGACAGAGACAGAUUUCUGGUGUGUUUCAACUGCCGGAAGCAUGGUCAUCGGAUGGGGGACUGCCCCCUGGUAAAGGGCUCCAGCACUCAUGGCACUGGAGUCUGCUUCAAAUGUGGCUCCACGGAGCAUGUGUCAAGUGCAUGUUCCGCUAAAGUAGCACCAGGGGAAUUCCCCUUCGCGAAGUGCUUCAUCUGUGGAGAGAUGGGCCACAUCACCAGACAGUGUCCAGACAACCCAAGGGGCCUUUAUCCCAAUGGUGGAUGCUGCAAUGAAUGUGGAUCUGUGGAGCACCUGAAGAAAGACUGUCCUGAUCUGCAGAAACAGAAAGGUAUUGAGAGCGUGACGAUAGACAAGAUGAGCAACACCCAGAGUGCAGAUGCUGAGUUAGAGGCAUCACCACAGCCACAACCUAAGAAAAAGAAAGGUGGACAAGGUGGAAAGGUUGUCAAAUUUUAAUAUGAAAUAAAAUGUUCUGGUUAA